AUGCCAUUCUGGUUCCUGCCUCCAGACUUCACUUCCCGCAAGGAUGGUGCUAUCCGUCUGGGAACAGUGCUAGAACACCCUCUUCGGCCAAUGAGCAUCCUAGCCUCCCAAGGAAACGGGCUGCCAGCCGACCUUGACCUGCCCUCAAAGGGGAGCAUCAUAGAACGAAAUCACGAGCACCCCAGAGGCGCAGAUGUCUCUGUCGGAAUGAAGCUUUGGGCCGCUUUUCUUGAAAUCGCGUCAGGUACAGCCGAAACGUCGGUAAAUCUGUCUCGCAAUCGCGACUUUGGGAAAGUGGACCACGAGGUGUGGACAUUCGACCGCGAGCUUAGCGACAAAUGCCUAAAGGAGAUUAUGGCAGUGCCCAAGGUACAGAAGUACGUGGACUCCGGCUUUCUUGGCCGCAGACCCGUCUACGUCAUCACAGGGGUCCGCAUAACCAAUACUUCAUUCACCGUGUCUACGCGAUCCAAUGAAAAUGUGUCUGUCCAGGCUUCCACCUCCGCGAGCGAUCCAACGGGCACAGUCCCAAUCACGGCGGGAGCCGAGUGGAGCGUGCAACUUACAAACAUAGCGGACGACUCUUAUGAAACUGCACCAGGCAUUGUAUUUGCGUACCGCGUACAUAUAAUCCGCACAAAAGGCGACGGCGAAGUAAGAGAAGAUUUGUUCUCUCAUAAGAAAGCAUUCAUGACUGGACUCAGUGGUCCAGACAUCGAGUGCCUUGAAGUCAACUCACAGGUGCUUCGACAAGACCCCGACGAACCAUUCGAAACAUACAUGCACAGUGCUAAAAGUGGUGAUGAUUGGGUUUCUGUACCGCUCCCUUUUUCAGGUAACUAA